AUGUCUCAGAUGGAGCCAUUCAAGAGACACAUCAAGAAACACCAGCAGAGAUCCACAGGGAAGAGAACACACUGCUGCUCUGACUGUGGGAAGAGAUUCACCUCAUCAGGCAUUAAAAUUCACCAGAGAAUCCACACAGGAGAGAAACCUUACGGCUGUACUCAAUGUGGGAAGAGUUUUGUUCAAUAUAGCCAUCUGAAGAUACACCAGAGAACACACACAGGAGAGAAACCUUAUAGCUGUACUCAAUGUGGGAAGAGUUUUAGUCAUUCAACCAGCCUGAUAUCACACCAGAGAACACACACAGGAGAGAAACCUUAUAGCUGUGAUGAAUGUGGGAAGAUUUUUACUACAUCUAGAAAUCUGACUCKACACAAGAGAACACACACAGGAGAGAAGCCGUAUAGCUGUGAUCAAUGUGGGAAGAGUUUUACUCAGCUAAGCAGCCUGACAUCACACCAGAGAACACACACAGGAGAGAAACCAUAUAACUGUGAUGAAUGUGGGAAGAUUUUUACUAGAUCUAGCAAUCUUACUCGACACCAGAGAAUACACACAGGAGAGAAACCUUUUAGCUGUGAUCAAUGUGGGAAGAGUUUUGUUUUAUCUUGCCUUCUGACUGUACACCAGAGAAUAACACAACAGGAGAGAAACUUUAUAGCGUCAUGAAUGUGGGAAGUUUUUACAAGGUCUAGCAA